UUUCAGCGCAUCUUGACAUAUCUGGCAUGGUACCUGGAUUUGAACCUACGCCAGUACCAUGGCUCCACUGAUUACUUCCAGAUUGGCCAAUUUACGUGAGCACCCAUUGAGAAGCGUGAAGAUAUAAAGGUCUGAGUCUGUUGUCCUUGGAGUAUCAGCAUCAGUUCGCAGUCGUUCACUUCUCCGGGACUUUUCGAUUCUUUAUCUCCCCACUUUCGUUGAAGAAGAUCUCAUAAUCAUAUACCUUACAUAAUGUACAUCUCUCACAUCUUCGUAACUGCACUGGCGGCCGCCAGCACUGCACAAGCCUUCAGUAUCCAGGAAGAAGCACACAACGCCAAUGAGGUUUCCAAGCGCACACUUGGAAAUCUCUUAAGCUUACUCUCUGGCCUCAUCGGAGGCAACAAGCAGUCUACAGCAUGCCCUGCUGUCUGGAAUCAGAUAUCCACCCAGCUCACCGAGCAAUUUUUGGCAGAUGGCCAGUGCACAGAUGCCGCUCGCGCCGCCAUCCGUUCGUCCUUCCACGACUGCUUCAACGGCGCUUGCGAUGGAUCUCUGAUCCUCGCUGAUGAGUGCUCGAAUCAAGAGAACAGGGGCCUCGAGCGUCUCUGUGGAAACCUCAAGACCGUACAGGCCAAUACCGGUGUCGGCAUGGCCGAUCUCAUUCAGUUCGCCGCUGCACACGGCGUCAAGACCUGCCCUGGAGGACCUACCGUCCCUGUCAAAGUCGGGCGCAAAGAUUCCAGCAUCGCAAAUGCUCUCGGCGUACUUCCGAAUGGCCAAGCUCAGAGCGGCGAUCUCAUCAAGCUCUUCGCAUCCAAAGGCUUCUCACCUGUUGAUCUUGCCGCCCUCCUCGGCGCCCACACCGCCGCAAAGCAGCGUGUCACCGCUCCGGAGUCGCCAGAAGACCUCGACUCCACAGUCGGUAGAUGGGACAACAAAUACUUCUCGGAGACUAGGAGUGGCAAGGCACCUUUUACGCUACCCUCGGACAAGAGCGUUGCGCAGAACCCCCUUACUAUGAUUCCAUUCAACACCUUUGCGCUGAGCAAGGGUGCAUGGGAUGUUGCUUUCGUCAGCGCCAUGCAGAGGAUGAGCAUGCUGGGCGUUAAUCAGAAGGGUCUGAUCGACUGCACGUCUGCCCUGCCCGGUGGUUCGAGGAAGAGGGACGUACGCAACAGCAAUCUUUUCGACAGGCUCAAGUGGUAGAUGUUGGUGCUGGUUCUACGCAUUUCAUGGAGUUCAUAAACGUCGGCCUGGACUACUUAUUUUUCUUACGCUCACUUUGAUGUCUUUCACUAAAUUUAUGUAAUUACUAGGCCUGUGGCCACGAUCAGGCCACAAUAAAACACUUCACUUACAAUGUCAUUGCGUAUGUUAGUGUUGGCCUUUUGUGAAUUCUAGAGCGAGUGUUACGCAGAGUAAGCUGCUUGCGUUUGGAUCUGAAAGCCCGGUUCGAGCCACAUGUUUACUGUGGUCUCCGGCGAAAGCAGAGUCCCAUGGCCAGUGCAGGCAGUGAUUAGACAAGGAUUUAUCGAAGCUUCUACCGAG